AUGUUGUUUUUCUUGGUCAGAAAUGCUACAUUGCAGCAAAUCAGCAAGAGAAUACCCAGAACUACGGAUGAGCUUUUAGAGAUUAAUGGCAUUGGCAAGGUCAAGAUAGUCAAGUAUGGAGAUCGGAUCCUGGAAACCAUUGAAGCUACCAUUAAGGAACACUACAAGGGACACAAAACCAACAGCAGUAACGACAGUAAUGAUUCUGCAAAACGGAGAAGAGACACAAUUAAGGCCUCAAAUGGGAACUUCAAAGAUGGCGAGGAUGACUUCUUUCAAAGCACUGGCCGGUCUAAGAAAAGGAUACUGAAAAAGCAGACUAAGUGUCCCGAGGUUAUUGAUUAUAGGGAGCCAGAUUAUUAUGAGGAAUGUGUAGAUGAGGAUCUAGAUUUCGAUGAUUCUAACUGUAACAUUGGAGUUAAUGGCUCCAAUAUAAAGAUUGAUCGGAAUGGUGGAGGAAGAGUGCUGCCUUCUUGGUCAGGAUUGUAG